AUGGGCCCCAUCAAUGUUUUUGCCCGGUGGCGACCGCUCUCAAGGUCGGAAAUUGGCUUUGGAGAGAUCGAUUACAAGACAAAGUCGGAUUCAGGCACUCUACAUGCUGUUGCUAUAAAGCCUCGAGUUUUAACUGAGGGCCGCCCGUGGACGAGCUCGCCGGCAUUUCAUACCAUUUUCGACCCCAAAUAUCAUAACCAACAUGUAUACCAAGCGGUUGUGGCCCCGAACAUCCCGAAGAUGUUGCGCGGUGAGAGCUGUAGCCUCUUCGCAUACGGUCACUCCGGCAGUGGUAAGACGCACACGGUUUUUGGAUACGACUUUCAAGAUACUGGAGAACUCGGGCUAUGUUUAGCCGCCUCGAGACAGCUCUUUGACGCGCUACGCUUUAUCAAUGAGGAAAACAAAGAGGAGAAACUGGGUAUUGGAUUCAGUCUGUUUGAACUGCGUCAAAAGUCCGCUUUUGAUUUGCUCAAUCACCGUACCCAAUGUUAUGUUCGCCAAGGACCUGACGGUAACGUCCAUAUUCGUGGAAAGACUGAAAUUCUGGAUGGAGGAAAAGUGCGAGUCUGCCCAAUUGUCCAGCGUCCGUGCUGGGAAUUUGGAAACCUCAAGGAAGCGCUUAUCCAAGCCAUCUGCCGACGUGCAGAGGGGUCGUCCAGCAUCCAUGAUCAGAGUUCCAGAACUCACGCAGUACUGGAGCUAGAAAUUGUGAGCCAGCCGCUAAUCGAUGCUCGUUAUGCUCUUUAUGACCGGCAGUCUGAGCUUGUGCCUGUGGGUAAGCGUGCCACAGAUGUCAAGAUAGAAGAGGAGUCGAAAGGCAUCGUCCGCACAUCUGAUGGAGGAUGGGCACCUAACCCGGACUACCGGCCAAACCAAGAACGGAUAGAGGCAGUCGAGUUGGAAAUGGCUCAGUUUGAAGCUAGAGUUACGGAUGCCGAAGUCAAGAUUGAACAAAUCCUCGCUUCAAGCACAUCCCCAUGCCUUGGCGCGAAGAUGGUAUUUGUCGACCUUGCUGGUGCAGAGCAUUGUGAUGGCACCAAGAAUGGACCAGCAACCAUGAGGCAGACACCUCAAGAGCGCCAAGAAGGUCGGCAGAUAAAUACCGAUCUGUUGGCACUGAAGGAGGUCAUAAGAGCUUGGUCUCAAAAUGAGGAGAGGAUACCUUUCCGAUCCUCAACCCUUACCAUGGUGCUGCGGGAGCAUUUUUUGAAGACUGGGAGUGGCAACUCUACGAUUAUCGUUACGCUUUCGCCCGCAGCAAACCAGUACGCAGCGACACUAAAUUCUCUCAAGUACGCGAGUCUGGUCGGAGGUAUUAGUACUUAG